ACGUUGCCCAUGAUGGAAUCCCAGCGUUGAGCCGGCACGAUUUGCAAUUCUUCAGCGUCGAAUGGGGGGGCUUCGUUGGGUUUUGGCCCGGAGCUGGCUGUGACUCAAUAUGGGCGCGCCAUCGUGCCCCCGAAAUUUAAACCAAACCGCCCAAUUCCCGCUUCACUUAAGGCAUCGUGCCCGUACCCUGCAGCCUCAAUUUUACAGUACCAUACUGGUAUCGUGCUCCCCCACCAUCACCACUACCACCCACCAUCUAUCGUACCCCCUCGUCUUUAUCCUCACUUUGACCCUCACUCCCCCACUCCGCAAUCAUCGUCAACGUGGUGAUCCCGAGACUCGCGGUUGCCUUCCACGAAAUAUCUUUCCCCCACCCUCCCCUCCCAACACACGAACUCCGCAUGGUAGGAUAGCUUCCCCCGCAUUUUAACCCGCACCGACCUCGACCCCUCCCCGCCCGCUCGGCGCCUCCACCACAUAAGCUGUUUCUUGUUGAAAAUCACUGACCGUUAUUUUUUUCCCCUGCUCCCCCCAGAGUUAUACAUCUUCCCAACGCUCUGCCAUUCAGCAGUUUAUCGCCUUCACUGCAUGCCCCGAGCGCACAGCUGCUAAGGUGUCUAUCUACCUCUCAUCCUUAUCACCUCUUACUCCCCCCCUGUAUUGCGGGGGCGUGUAUGGCCUGGGCCCAGCAUGACGGAACGAACACGGGAGGCAAAAGAAUGAGAAGAGCUAACGAGAAAUCGGACGAAUCGUUCCAAUUGGGGAGAGUCAUAGUUCCUGAAAUCACAUUCAUGGGACGUUGAGGUCGCGGUUGAUUCGUAUGUUCUCUCCCCAUUUUCCUUUUCCCCUUCCGUUCCCCGGGAUAUCCUUCACUCCCUUUCACUACCCCCCCCCCGCACUAGUUCUCAACCUUGUUCCCCCGCACUGCCCCCUCCAUUCCUCCGCGGCGAAGUCUUGGGAUUCCACUGCGAAAAUGUCGCCUGGUUUUCCAAGGGGUUCUUCCGUUAUCUCACCCCCGGCGGAGGAUAUGAUCGGGAGGUGGGAGGAAGUGAAGUGAAGUGCAGGAGGAGACAUCAUUUUCUGGUUGCUUAGCAAACAUUUUUGUUGCCGUUUCGUUAUCCCCCCCGCUCUCGUUACUGGCUACCGAACCAUUUAUUACGGUACUGUAUUCCUAGGAAUCUACGCCUCGCUGCCUAGUACAAAUAUUAAGGCAACAACCUUCCUUGUUGCUUAACAUAUCCUCCCCACACUCCCCUCCUACCUGCUUAUCCACGCACAUUUCUCAUAACUAUUGUCAGAACCUCGUUUUUUUUUCUACUUGCAUUCUCCCCCUCCCCUGAACGCGUCUCCGUAUCUCGAAUAUCCCUGGCUACCGUGCCUCUCUGACGGGGGGGAGGAAAAGAAAAAAGAAAAAAAUAUAUAAAAAUUGUUGCCCUAAUAUGUCUCGACGGUUCAACAGAUACUUUACCACGAACAACUCUUCGUCGACAAUGCCAUCCUCGGCCGAUCCGGCGCUGAGGAAGGUAUUCGACCAGUUUCGAGGUAGAAUACAACCCCCUCCCCUGGUUUGAAGUGGGACAUGACAGCUGAAACAUAGAGCCCUUCGAUACAGAACCCGGCGACCCGGAGGAUACAAUGACGGUUAACGGCGUCAUGAAAUUCCUUCCGGCAAUUGGUGUGGGCCUCGAAGAGGAGACGGUCCUCGUCCUCGCGGAGGCUCUGAGAGCCCCAACGAUGGGUGAAUUUGCACGAGAGGGAUUCGUCGAAGGGUGGAAGGCUCUCAAGUGACCCCCCCAACGACCCACCUCUAUUCCCCCAGGCUGACAAAAAUACUAGCUGUGACACGCUCGAUAAGAUGCGAGCCAGAGUCCCCGCCCUCCGCAUUUCCUUCACCAAUGACGAGGCAACCUUCAAAAAGGUCUACCUAUUCACGUACAACUUUGCCCGCAGCCCCAACCAGCGCUCCCUGCAAAUGGACACCGCCAUCGAAUACUGGAAACUCCUCUUCACCCAUCGCUUCCAGAAGAACCUGGAGGACUGGAUCGAGUUCUUGGAGACUGAGUAUAAGAAGAGUAUUGCGAAGGAUACCUGGAAUUGCAUGUAUGACUUUGUACAGUUUGCUGAUAAGGAUCCGGAGUUGAAGAGUUAUGAUGUUGAUGGUUGGUCCCCCCCUCCCCCCCUCCUCUGCAGUUAGCCAUAGUGGGAUUAAUCAAUGGUGAUGGCGGUGGCGAUGGGGGCUAUACAGGCGCAUGGCCGUCAAUAUUAGACGACUUUGUCCAAUUCUCACGCAAGAAGAAUGGAACGGAACCAUCCCCUCAGGAGGAGAUGGAUAUUUCGUGA